AUGUCCACAAGCUUAGAACCUCAAACCAAGAGUGGUUUGGUACUGCCGUCACCAAGAGAUCCAGCUCCUCCAGUCACCUUGGAACUGUCAAUGACUUCAGAUCAACCUCAUGUUUUGAAAGCAACAGAUGAGAGCGUGCUUAAGUAUUUCCCUCAGAGAGAAAUCUCUGCCGCCAGAACAUUUCCCCAGAGAGAAAUCUUUGCCACCAGAAUAUUUUCUCCAGCCUGUGGAAGAAAUGCUCAACGUAUUAGCACAGAUGAGCACCUGAAAUUUGUUUCUUCUGAAAACGGCAAUAGUGUUGGCUGUGAAAGAACGAUUUCGGAGCUGAUGCCUUCUGAGAAGACAGUCAAGAGUGAAGCCAAUCAUGCUGGAGAGAAGCAUAAACUGGCGGUGGGAAAGUCUAUUUCUCCUUUGAAUGAAAAGAAACAUAAAACAGAAAAUUUGGGAGGAUUAACUACAAAGAACAGAGUGCCUCCUAAGGGAAAGGUUGUUUACCUAGAUCCAGCCCAACUUGUUACCAGGCAUACGGAUGAUAAUGGCUGCAAAACAAUUGUUUCACAUGACAGAGUCAUUGAGGCCCUCAAUCUGUUCAGGAAUUUUUUAAAGGAAGAAAGAAAAAAGUCGAAGGAGCGAGGAAGUUCAACCAAUUGGAUUAAUAUGCUAGCCUAUGAGCGUCUAAAGAAAACACAUAUGUGGGUUAACCCUGGGAUAGCAAUCUUGGGUUCCAUCCCUGGGUUUGAAGUUGGUGAUAAAUUCCAGUACAGAGUGGAGCUCUCAAUUGUUGGCCUCCAUCGCCCCUUCGAGUCUGGCAUUGAUUACUUAAAGAAAGGUGGAAAAAUUAUUGCCACAAGUAUUGUUGCGUCUGGGGGUUAUGAUAAUGACUCGUCUAGUCCUGAUGUCUUGGUUUAUAGCGGUCAAGGCAGCAAGCCAAACAAAGGAGAUAAACGACCCAAGGAUCAAAAGCUCGAGGGAGGAAAUCUUGCACUUAAAAACAGCAUUGAUGAAAAAAAUGUUGUAAGGGUUAUCUUUGGAUCGAAAGAAUUGCAAGACUUUGAUUCCAUCUAUGCUCGGGGAAAGAAAGUUUCGUAUUUUGUCUACAAUGGGAUUUACAUGGUGGAGAAAUAUUGGCCGGAAACAGGCGAAUCUGGGACUUCCAUCUUUAAGUUUCAGUUGAGAAGAGUAUCAGGAAGUUGA